GUCGAAAGGCGGAGGAACGAGGAGAGGUGGAGAAGUGCACCCGUCCACUGAACCCAAGUGAUGAUCUUUCUUACGCCAUCGCAGAGUCGACAGCUGGAAACGAUCAUCGUCGGGGAGAGGCUCAGAAUCCGCAGCUGUGGUUGCUGUUCAAUUCGACAAAGGGUUGGAGGAGCGAUGGCACGAAGGAAGCGCGGCGAAGGAGCGAAAAAAGUGUAGGAGCGGAGGUGAGGUGCGGAAGCAGAGCGGAAUUGGGGAGUGGGAGGAAAGGGGGGCGAGCGGGACUGAUUCCGUCCCAUCUUGUCAAUGCGAGGCUUGCAACAUACAAACACGACAAGCAGAAUGUUGCACUCCGGUGCAAUGGCUGGUCGACAAUUGCCAUCGCUGUGUGCGCCUGGUUGCACUCGCCUGGCGACCAAGCCUGACUAUGUGUCCGUCAUUGCGAAGAGUACAACGUGUGUGGUGGACGGUGUUGGUGAUUGCGUCAGUUCUCGUCUCGGACAGGCAACGUCUGUUGGAGCGCUGUUGGACAUUCCAGAAUCGCCCGUUGUUGACUUGGAUAACUUGCUUCAGGCUUCUGUGUUGAAUAUGGAGACGAGUUUACACACUGAAAACCUCGGCAGAAAGAUAAAGAAACCUUGGAACGGGAAAAUCAGACCGCGAACCAAGGCCUCUCAAGCUCCAUGGACAUCAGCUGACUGCGCACAGAGGGUCGAUGGUAUGCUUGCGGAUCUGGAAGAAGAGGGUAUUCUAGGAGCAUGGGCUGUGCUCGAUGCGUGGGUAGGGAAGAUAACACGGGUAGAUGUCGCAAGGGUCAUCCGAGAACUCGGCUCACGAAUGAACGUAGCUCUUGCUCUCGAAGUCUUUGAGUGGAUGCGGGUGCAGAAAGGGCGACUGAAACCAAAUGGACACACCUACACCCUUGUUCUUGGGGUGUUGGGGCGAGCAGGUUUGACAAUUCAAGCCCGAGAAUUGUUUGAUGAGAUGCUUUCUUCAGGUGUAGAGGUAGGUCUUCACUCUUUUAAUUCCAUGAUUGGAGCUUAUGCGAGAAAAGGCCUUUUUAAGAAGGCUUGGAGGAUGUAUGAGGAUAUGGUGGAAAGUGGAAUACAAGCUGACGAAAUCACACUUAGUACACUUUUGAGCGGGGUUGGGAAGACGCAGCUCCCCGUCGAGACAGCUGAGAAGAUUUUUUCUAAGAUAAAGGAAAACGGGAUUUUGCCCAGAGUGGAGACGUACAACACACUACUAUCCGUGCUCAGUAGAGGAGGGCACACAGAACGAUGCAAAGAGCUAGAAAUAGAAAUGCAAAGGCUGGAGGUUGUACCAAAUAUCAUUACCUUCAAUACGCUGCUCAUGAUGCAUGUCCAAGGUGGGAGAUUGAAAGAGGCUGCGGAGGUAUAUCAAAGGAUUCUAGAUGCAGGGCUUAAACCGACUGUAGUCACUUACACUGGGUUGGUUCAAAUGUACUGCCGUGCAUCUAAGCACAAGGAAGCAAUCGAAGUGUUCCUAGAAAUGCGGAGGGUAGGGUGUAAGCCAGAUUUGAUGAUUUAUAGUCUAAUGAUAAGUGUGUAUGGGAAGGCUGGAUCUGCUGAAGAAGCUGCCCUUGUAUUCAGGCAGUUGCAAAACGAUGGUUAUAUACCAAAUGUGGUUACUUGGUGCUGCCUCAUACAGGCGUUCGGGUGGCAAGGGAAGAUGCAGGAGAUAGGAGCUUUCUUUAACGAAAUGCUGGCUUCUGGUUGCCUUCCCGAUUUGACUCUGUACAACGUCAUGAUGGGUGCUUAUGGCCGAUAUGGACACUCUGUCCAGGCUGCUAUCUUGUUUCGGAGGAUGCAAGCCCAAGGGAUUAGCCCUAAUGCAGUUUCUUACGACACCAUGAUUCAGGCGUAUUGUCAUUCGAAACAAGCUGCCGAUGCUCAAAUAGUCCUUGACCAGAUGACACGUGCUGGGUUUUCCCCCGACAGAUCCUCGCGUGCAAUGCUCCAGCAAUUAGUAGGUGUAAAAAACUCAGGUGAUAGUCAAAUACGUCUGACUCGCAAGGAGCAACGCAGGAUAAUAAUGCCAAGACCAUCUAACAGAGUCUAGGUUGUCAUACAGUAUGUAAAGUAAACACUCAGAUUCAUUUCUUUGCCAAGUCCGAAGGACUCUGCAGUUUCUAGCAGCAUGUACGAACGCGUCCCUGUCAAUGCUAACUUGUAGCUUCCAAGAUGCUGUUGUUGUGUGACGCCCCAGGUGCGAAUCUAGCCGGGAUGUCCUCUCCGCUUCAGUUGCUUCAGGCUCGUUUUUUACGAUUUAACCCCGAAUCCAACCUUGAGCUCCUGAUGGGCACAAGGCAGUGAUAGGUAAAGCUUCUUCAACGAUGCUUGGGUGUGGUAGGAAAUCUGGGAUGUGGUUUAGAAUCAACGAGGUUGUUUCAUUCAAUAUUCAAACGUGCAGAACUUUUUUUUA